AUGGGGAAAGGUAGAGUUAAAGCUGUGGAGAAAAAGGUUUUAGAUCAGAAACUUAGAGGAUCGUAUAAUGUUCCGUCUGGACCGGUUUAUUAUCCGACAGAAGAUGAAUUCAAAGAUCCAUUAGAGUAUAUCUACAAGAUUAAGCCAGAAGCUGAGGUUUAUGGGAUUUGCAAGAUUGUUCCACCGAGUUGUUGGAAACCGCCUUUCGGUUUGGAUUUGGAAUCUGUUAAGUUUCCUACAAAGACGCAAGAGAUUCACCGGUUGCAGGUUCGUCCUGCUUCGUGUAAUUCCAAGACGUUUCAGUUGGAGUACAAUAGGUUUUUGGAGGAGCAGUUAGGUAAGAAGCUGAAGAAGAGAGUUGUUUUUGAAGGAGAGGAGUUGGAUUUGUGUAAGCUGUUUAAUGCGGUGAAGAGGUUUGGUGGUUACGAUAAGGUUGUUAAGGUGAAGAAAUGGGGAGAAGUUUAUCAGUUUAUGAGCUCUGGUGAUAAGAUUUCUAAAUGCUCUAAGCAUGUGUUGUGUCAGUUGUACAAAGAGCAUUUGCAUGAUUUCGAGAAUUAUCACAAUCGGAUGAAUGCAGAUCCUACAAAAGGUUGCAAAAGGAAAAUACAUGCCGCUGAAAGGAAUCGACGCCGUUCUGAAACUCCGAGUUCAAAGAGAAGAAAAAGAAACGCGGACGAAAAAAACCCCAAUGUGGAAAAUGAAGAAGGGGUUGAUCAAGCAUGUGAACAGUGUAAAAGUGGCAAACACGGCGAAGUGAUGCUUUUGUGUGAUAGUUGUAAUAAAGGUUGGCAUAUUUAUUGUCUCUCGCCACCAUUGAAGCAUAUCCCACCUGGGAACUGGUAUUGCCUUGAGUGCUUAAACAUUGAUGAAGACACUUUUGGCUUUGUGCCUGGUAAAUGCCUAUUACUUGACGAUUUUAAGCGCAUUGCUGACCGCGCCAAAAGAAAGUGGUUUGGUUCAGGAUCAGUGACUAGGACGCAGAUAGAGAAAAAGUUUUGGGAAAUAGUAGAAGGAUCAGGUGGCGAGGUUGAAGUUAUGUAUGGUAAUGACUUGGAUACUUCUGUUUAUGGAAGUGGUUUUCCUCGAUUAGGCGACCAAAGACCAGAAUCAGUUGAGGCAAAUAUAUGGGAUGAAUAUUGUGGUAGCCCUUGGAAUCUCAAUAACCUGCCGAAGUUGAAAGGAUCUAUGCUUCAGGCCAUUCGGCAUAACAUUAAUGGUGUUACAGUGCCUUGGCUAUAUCUUGGAAUGCUCUUCUCUUCUUUUUGUUGGCAUUUUGAAGACCAUUGUUUUUACUCUGUCAAUUAUCUACACUGGGGAGAGGCAAAAUGUUGGUAUGGUGUUCCAGGCAGUGCUGCUAGUGCUUUUGAAAAGGUCAUGCGGAAAACCCUUCCCGAUCUCUUUGAUGCUCAGCCCGAUUUGCUCUUUCAACUAGUUACCAUGUUGAGUCCAACUGUUUUACAAGAAAAUAAAGUCCCGGUGUACACAGUAUUACAGGAGCCUGGAAACUUCGUCAUCACAUUUCCAAAAUCCUUUCAUGCUGGAUUCAAUUUCGGUCUGAAUUGUGCAGAGGCUGUCAACUUUGCCACUGCUGAUUGGCUACCUUAUGGUGGUUUUGGGGCGGAGCUGUAUCGGUUGUACCGGAAACCUGCAGUCAUAUCUCAUGAUGAGCUUCUCUGUGUGGUAGCUAAGGGAAACUGCUACGAUGGCGAAGGGUCAAUACAUUUGAAGAAAGAAUUGCUCAGAAUAUACAGUAAAGAAAAAACAUGGAGAGAGCAGCUCUGGAAAAGUGGUAUUUUGAGAUCUUCUCCUAUGUCUGAAUGCCCUGAUUCUGUGGGCAUUGAAGAGGAUCCAACAUGCAUCAUUUGCCAGCAGUUUCUUCAUCUUUCUGCUAUCGUCUGUGAUUGUAGGCCAUCUGUUUUCGCAUGCUUGGAGCACUGGAAGCACCUUUGUGAAUGUGAACCUACGAAGUUGCGUCUUGUAUACCGUUAUACCCUUGCCGAGUUGCAUGGGAUGGUACAAAAAGUUGAAAAGUCUGAUGGCUGUAAAACGCAAGAAACUAAUAACUCACAACGGUCAAGUUCUGGCACCAAACGAUCAAUUGCUUUCAACAAAAAGGAGGGAAUCCAAGUUAGUCAGGCACGGCCAGCAGAAGAUUGGCUUCUUCGAGCAUCAAAGGUUCUCAAGGAUGUGUUUUCUAGUGUUGAUUAUGCCGCCCUUUUGAAGGAAGCAGAACAGUUUCUUUGGGCUGGAUCAGAAAUGGACCGUGUACGAGAUGUUGCAAAAAGUUUGAUCAAAGCAAAGGUAUGGGGAGAAGCUGUUAGCGACUGUCUUUCAAAAAUCGAAGGUGAAGCCAACGAUGAAUCACAGAAAGUUCACUUGGACUUUAUUGAUGAGUUGGUGAGAGUUAAUCCCGUUCCUUGCUUUCAGUCUGGUCAUCUUAAAUUAAAGGAUUAUGUUGAAGAGGCUAGAAAAUUGUCUGAGAAAAUCGAUUCUUCUCUGUCGACUAGUCCAACUAUUACCCAACUGGAGCUACUGUAUUCCGAAGUCUCCAGUUUACCAAUGUCUCUCAGUAAACACGAGAUCUUGUCAAAGAAAAUUUCUACUGCAAAGAUGUUAGCUGAAAGGGCGAGAUUGUAUCUCGCGAAUACACAACCUCCAGGGAUUGAAUUGGACGCUCUUUACAAGCUAAAGUCAGAGAUAUUGGAGCUUCAAGUGCAACUUCCAGAAACAGUAGGGCUUCUGGACUUGCUAAAGAAAUCGGAAUCGGCCCGUGCUAAAUGUAAAAAAGUUUUGAGUGGUUCUAUAUCUCUCCAGAAUGUGGAAGAACUGCUUCAUGAAUUUGAUAGUUUCAGCAUUAGCAUUCCUGAGUUGAAUAUCCUGAGGCAGUACCAUGUUGACACUUUGUCUUGGAUUUCACGCUAUAAUGAUGUAAUGGUUGAAGUUCGUGAAGGCAAGGACCAACAAAAAUUAAUCAGUGCCCUGAGUUCCCUUCUACAUGAUGGAGAAUCAUUAGACAUUCAAGUUGAAGGACUGCCUCUUGUUGAGAUUGAAUUGAAGAAGGCAUCGUGCCGCGAAAAAGCUCAAACGGUUCAUACUGCAAUAAGGUCUCUGGAUUUCAUUGAGCAGCUACUGUCGGAGGCCGCUGCACUACACAUUGUGGAGGAGAAGUUAUUUGUGGAGAUUUCCAGACUCUUGACAACAGCACGUUGUUGGGAAGAAAAAGCAACUAGUAUCCUUCCUAGUGAAACUCAGAUGUGUGACCUUAAAGAUCUCGUAAGGAUGUCAGUGAACAUUCAUGCGGUUUUGCCAUCUCUGAAGAGCAUAGAGAACAUGAUCUCCUCGGCCGAAUCUUGGCUUCAGAAAUCUGAGCCCUUUUUAUCUGCCGUCUCCUGUAUUACAUCUUCUCCGUGUUCAUUGCUUGAACUUCCUGUAUUAAAGGACCUAGUUUCUCAGUCUAAAUCGCUCAGUGUUCAGCUUGAAGAGCCAAGGAUUCUUGAAACAUUGUUGCGUAACUGCGAGAAGUGGCAGUGUGAUACUCAUCAGCUCUUGCAAGAAUUUGAAGAUUUGUUGGACGAGGUGAAAAUAGAUGAUGGUAUGCAUAGCACGAUCCUUCCAAAGAUUACGGAUUUGAUAAGCAGAGUGGACUCCGCUAGAAAAUGUGGUCUAUCCCUUGCUCUCAAUUUUGUUGAACUUCCCAAACUUCAAACUGCAAGUUUAAAACUAGGAUGGUGUUGCAAGACCAUCACGUUAAGCUCUAACUCACCUUCCUCUGCGUUGCGAAAAGAUGUAGAAAAGCCCUCAUUACCGCAAAUUCAGCAGCACUUAGAAGAGGGACAAACACUGAAAAUAUUACCUGAAGAGUAUUACUUAGGCAAGAGACUUGUGGAGCUAAACGACACUGGACUAGGGUGGGCAAAGCGAGCUAGAAAAGUGGUGACAGACUCGGGUGCUCUUGCCUUGGAGGAUGUUUUGGAGCUUAUUUCUGAGGGUGAAAAUUUGCCUGUCUGUGCAGAGAAAGAACUUCAGUCCUUACGAGCUCGAAGUAUGUUACACUGCAUUUGUCUAAAGCCAUACAACUCAAGAUCCAUGGUUUCUUGUAGUCAAUGUGGUGAAUGGUAUCACACCUAUUGUGUUAAACUUCAUUGGCGGCCAAAGGCAUAUGUCUGCUCCGCUUGCUGUCCAGUGGAGGAAUCCACUCCACAGAUUGAAUCUCCCGGGCCAUUGGAGCCAGAAACUCCGUUACUGAACCAUAGACGGAAAAGAACGGUAGCGACUGAUGCAGCACUAGAUGAUUUACAUUGGAAAAACCGAAAACGCAUCAAACGGACAGCUAAACGAAGUCCUCAGGUUCAUAUUCUUCCCUGGUUUUUCUCUUAA